GACGUCACAUCCUGGUACCGGAGCUAACGUGUUUUUCCGGUCGCGGGUACGGCGGGAGACACUCGAUUUCCUGUGUUUUAGCUACUUUUUUUCGCUACGGGCUGUGGAGAGUUCUCAAGAAAACGUUUUAUACUACUUUUGCCAAGACGUGUCAGUAUUUACUUUUUUCCGCAGUUGUUCUUUGGAAUCGUUGAUAAUGAACUUUCUCGCUUAGCUGGUUAUUAGCUUAUUAACUUUAACUUAAAGUUGACAAGAUUGGAAGACAGCUAUUGUCUUUCCAUACCUGGCUUAAUAGAGAAGUUUUAACACUACCUGCACUUGUUUCUGAAAUGGAAUCGAGGAGUUCUACGGAGGAAGAACACACCCUCGCCCUCUCUUCCCUGCGUAUCAUGGCUCCGCCCCUGCGGUUGGUCUCCGCAGCCAUGUGGCACGUGAUGCAGCGGAAGGAUGUGCUGCAUUAUGGGAAGCUGGAGGAGUUUGUCACGUCGGUCUCAGAGGCGGUCCCUGGGUUGCUUAGUUACAGGCACAGGGCCAAGCUAACACUGGGGCUACGAGCAAGGCUCAUCCUGGAGUUGUUUCGGACACAGGACCCCCCAGACCCCACCGUUAUCCUGCCCCACCUAGACAGGAUCGAACCACCCCUGUGUAAUAGGAGGGAUAAAAAGGUGGAGUUUUCGGCCUCUACCUUUCGACAGUUAGUGAGAGCUCUUCUGGUCAGGCCUGCUGAAAGAGAGCAAUUCUUCCAGGAGGUGUUUGUGGUUCAGUAUGGCCCCCAGUUUGAUUCUGCAUUAGAGAAGCUGCUUUGGGAAUUCCUGUCCCGUUUGGACCAGCUGCUGCCUGUGCCAGACCUGGCUCAGACGGUGUCUUGGCUCAGCACUGCCCCCUGUGUGCUGGAGGACUGUGAGCAGCCAGUCUCUCAGCCUGUGCUCCUGAACACUCUGUUACAGCACCACAAACGCCUGGGACAUCUGAGCACUGCCGCAUCUCUCCCGUCCUCCAUGGGGGACUCCAUCCUCUCCUCUCUGUCCCUCCCUCCCUCUGGUCGAGUGCGGAGCACCAGUCAGGAAAUGAACUCCCUUAGCCAAUCAGGCGUUGGGCCUGACUCUCUGAGCCCCGCCGCUCUGAGACAUCCUGCCAAUCGCAGGCAAGGAAGUGGUUCCCCCAUCCAGCCCAUGAAUAGUCAGGACCUUCCUUUCACGCCCUCCAAGGGUAGGAGGGUGGAGACUGCACAGGCCACGCCCAUUAUCAGCAAGGAGGUGGAGUCUGGAGUGGGGAGUCCCCACUCCCUUUACACGGGAGUGAAGUUACGAUCACAGGCAAGUUUGGACAGGGGCGGGGAGAGGCAGGAGGGGGCGGAGAGGAAAGAAGGGAGGGGCGGAGCCUGUAAUGAACAGGAAGCCUGUUUCAAACAAAGGAGACUGGAGGAAGAGCAAAGGACAGGUGGAGGUGGAGAGAACAGGGCGGAGCUGAGAAAGAGUGAGCAUCUAAGGCAGGAGAGGAGGAGCCAGAGGGAGGACAGGAGUGGUGCCCCCCCAUCCCCCCCACAGGAAGAGGCGGAGCUUUCUCCUCUGGUCAUAUCCUGUCUGCAGAGACAACCCCGAGUCCGGCUGGAACGACUGCGCCUUGCGGACAUCGCUCCGCCUGCUCUGUCGUCCCCUCGUCUCCCUGGCAGCGGAGUGCGGUCGCCACGGAGACCGGCGCCAGGGGCAGCGGUGGCUGCGUCGCCCAGGAGGGGAUGGUGUCCGGGGACCCGGAAGAGGAAGUUGAGCAGCACUGUGACCCCUGAGAAAUGCCUGCCGAACUCAUCAGAGAAAGAAAACUCCGCUGACUCUUCAUUAAUGUGGGGGACGUCCCCUGUCCUCUCCCUCAGGACCAAGAGUGGAGGCAGGGACUCCCUCCGUCCUGAUUGUGAUGAUGACAUCAUCAUAGAUUCCGAAGAUGAUGAAAUAAAUAAUGUUAAAGGGAGGCUGUUUGUGAAGCAGUACUACAGGACCAAGAACAACACCUUUGUUCCCACACUUCGAGAGUUCUGGGGCCACAGUUUGGCCUGACCGGCUGUGUGUGUGUGUGCGUGCAUGCACAUGUGCAGGUUUCUCUGUGAAUAUCAGUGUUUCUUUUAAGACUAAUCUAGGUAAUGUUUUUAUAAUGUAUUUAUAUGUUGUAUAUUUUGACCAUGUGGGACAGAUUGCAAGUUAAUGGAUGACUUACAGGGUACAAUAUAUUAUACCUGUUAACUCAUUAUGUAAAUGGAACAUGACUAAAACUACCUGAACUAUUAGCUCUUCACCAGUUCGUUAUAAUAAAUAUUUUUGAAGAACAGA